AUGGCCGUCGGCUUCUUCACCGGCAUGAAGCAUGUCGCGUACGAUUUUGCCGUCUGGUCGACGGUCGCUGCCAUUCCGCACAUUGCCGAUGCGAGGACGAGAUGGAGUCGACUGUUUUGGUCGCUCGUGUUCGCCAUCAUGAUGUUGGUGUUCCUCGGCGAGGUGUUCUUCAUGGUCAAAAAAUUUCUCCAAUGGCCCACGCAGAUCGAUACCGUCAUCUCCUAUUCGCAACUUCCAUUCCCCGCAGUGACGAUCUGUAACCUGAACCCCUACAAGUAUACCGUCGUCAGCAACGCCGCGAAUACACAAUUCGACCAAGUGCGCGCCUUAAUAGCCGCGUCGGUGAACGCGAUGAAGGACAACUACCAGCAGAGCUAUAGCGGUGGCACGGAUCGUUGGGGAAUUCAGGCCCUAUGGGACCAACCGUACGAGCUCGAGACGACGAUCAAGGACUCGCUGAUCAUCGAGAUGGCCGCGUUGAGCGAUGCGGAUCGACAAGCCGCCCUGUACGGCUACGACGAGCUGGUCACCGAGUGCACGUUCAACUCGAAAUCUUGCAGCGGCGUCGACUUCACGAGCUUCGUCGACCCGGUCUACGGCGCCUGCUACUCGUUCAACGGCGCCGGCUCCUCGGAUAACGCCACCUACCAGAGCUCUCGUGCCGGCAUGCGCUUCGGGUUGAAGCUGCUAAUGACUCCUACCCAAACCGAACCUUCCGGGCAGGCCGACGUUCUGCCGACUACGCAACUGUCCGGGGCCAGGGUUUCUGUACAUACGCAGGGAGCUUUCCCAUCCCUUGAAGGCUCGGCCAUCAGCGUCGGUGUCGGCUACUUGACUGCGGUCUCGAUUUCAAUGACAUCCACGAGCCGCAUGAAGAGCCCUUAUGGAACGUGUGUCGAUCGAGAACCUUCGAGUACAGACUACUAUCAACAGUACCUGUACUCCUUGGAAACGUGCUACUUGGGGUGCAAGCAGAGAUACAACGUCGACAAGUGCAGCUGUGCCCACCCCCGAUUUGCAUCCGGAUCUGGGCAGGCGAUUUGUGACUAUAAUGCAGUGGCCUGCAUCCAAACCCUGAAAGGAGAUCAACUCAGCGCCACCCAGAAGAAUAUUGACGCGAUGACGGAUUGCUCCUGUGCCCCUCCAUGCGAACAAACUGGCUUUGGAACCACGACUUCGCUGGCCGCCUUCCCCGCCCUCAGCUAUUACGUAGCUGCCGAUUCGUCAGCUGCAGACGCGAUCGGCUCCUGCCAACCGGGCACCGCCCAAUUCGCGGGAACCGGCACGAAUGCCUCAAAAGCCGAGGAGUGCCGAGAGUGGUAUGCCCAGAAUUCGCUGCUUCUCCAGGUCUUCUACGACUCCCUCAACUACCAGCACUACCAGGAGAAUGCUAAUUAUGGUAUCUCACAAGUCCUCAAUGAUCUUGGUGGCCACGCUGGACUCUGGUUAGGAUUGUCGAUUAUUUCGGUUGUCGAGAUUUGCGGCCUCUUCUGCGUGCUUUGCCUCUACUGCUUCGGCGGCCGGAAGAAGCUCAUCGACCCGUCCAUGCUGAAUAGCGACCCGAGGAUGAGGGAUUUGGAUGACCUAAAACACGACCUCGACAAUAUGGAGGCCGACGAUAAGCAGAAGGAGGCGCAGGCUCUUUUCGUCGAUGUCUACAACUUGUCCACCUUCAAGCUCAACAUUGUUCAGGGGCUAUUUUUAGUGUGGAAUGCCGUCAACGACCCACUGAUGGGCUAUUUUCAAGACGUCGGCUGCGGAAUCUCGUGGAUCAUGGACCGGCGGAAGGUGAUGAUGUACGCGGGCCCAGUCUGGGCUGCCGUUUCCCUCAUUUUUUGGUUCCCGCUGUCGACUUCAAACGAUCUGCUCGUCGCAAUUCACUUCCUGGUCGCCCUAUUCUCGUACGACACCCUAAUGACGCUCGUCGGGUCGGCGUACUGCGGCAUUUGCGUUGAGUUGGGCCAAGAUCACCAAGGUAGAGUGAAUAUUGUCGUCCUCGGCGAGAUAUUUGCCAUAAUUGCCGGCUUCGUCAUCUUUCCGAUCGACUACUUAUCCGGAAAUAUGCAGCAUCUCGGCAUUUUUCAGGUCUGCGCCAGCGUCAUCUGCGUGAUUGCCGGGUUGCUCAUGUUCAUUUCCGCCUACUUCCUCGAUACACCUGAAAAUCCUGAAAGUAAAGCCGCAGAAGUCGAGUUGGAUCUGCUCGCAAAAACGGGAGUAGAUGAGCCGGUGGACAUCUUCAAGGCGCUCGGCAUCACAUGGGACAUCGUGAAGCAGCCCCGAUUUUUGUGCCUUAUUGCUUCGAAUUUCUUCAGGACGUUGCGAACCAUGGCCAGCGAGCAAUUCCUGUUGAUGUUCGUGCCCUCGCUGCUGUCCAGAAACGGCUUCAUGCCGCUCGGGUCCGUGGAGUUGACCGUUUUCUACAUUCUUGUCAGAACACUAGGAAGGGUACUUUUCCUAUUCCUCUUCUACCCAGUUCAUCGCCACGGUGCCCACCCAACCCUGCUGGGGCUGAACGUCUUGGCGUUGAUCUCGGGCGCCGUCAUACUUUUCAUCGGACGCGCGGCCUACGCUGCCGUCGCAGUUUAUAUCCUCGUCGAAAACACACUCGGCCGGUGCGGAGCCCAGGGGUUAUACCUGCUCAUCUGCGGCGAGGUGAUCGACACAGAUCAAGCGUUGCACAAAAGGAGCUCACCGCUGUCGACGCUGAUCUUCACCAUCAAGGCGCUGUUCAACAAGCCGGCCGAGCAGUUGGCCCCGAUCAUUAUGAUGGCACUACUGGACUUUGGCGGUUAUAGCCGAUACAAGGUACCGUGCGGAGCUGUUGUUUCCGCUUCAACCACUAGAAUUCCUGUUGUUGAUAUCGGCACGACACCGGCUUCAUUGAUAUCUAACAACUUUUCGGACCCUGCCAAUAGCACAAUAUCUACUUCAAUCAUAACAAGUGACUCCGAAUUCUGCGUGGAUCUCUUCGAAGCGAUGUUUCAAGUGCUCGUGUGGUGGCCGUUGGUCUGCAUCAUUGGCGAGUCGAUCUUCAUCGUCAUCGACGUGUACUUCAAACGAAAAAUCGGGCCCCUUCCGUCGAUGACUCCGAGCAAGAACCACCGCCGGCACUCUGUAUGUUCGAUGCAGGAGGUGACAAGGCCCGUU